GUCAAAACGUCGUCGCAUGAAUCCGCCUUCCCCGUCAAACGACGUCGCUUAAUGCCGUAUCCAUGAAUAAAUAUCUUUCUACCCAGUGACAGUUACUGGCCUAAGCCUCCGCUUCGACACAGGAAGGAGGAGCAGAUAUGGUGGUUUUUGGCGGGAAAAGAGUGGCUCAGAUGGUAGGUCUUGGUGGGAACGGUGUGGGUCAGAUUCUGGCGGCCGUCGCGGCUGCUCUGUUGUUCCGUCUCUUCUCUGGCCCCGGACCGGCUGUGUUGCCGGAAAACGAGGUGGAGGAUGACAGAGACGAGAUAGCUGGAGAUACUGAGGGCGGCGAAGCUCCUUUCGCUGGGAAAGUUUUUCCUGUGACAAUCCGGUGGAGCAAUAUCACAUGCUCCCUCUCUGACAAAUCUUCCAAAUCAGUACGAUUUUUGCUAAAAAAUGUAAGUGGAGAGGCAAAACCUGGAAGGCUACUUGCAAUCAUGGGGCCAUCUGGAUCGGGGAAAACAACUCUGCUCAAUGUUCUUGCAGGUCAGCUAAUGGCAUCAACCCGGUUGCAUUUGUCAGGUCAGCUAAUGGCGUCACCCCGGUUGCAUUUGUCAGGUCUUUUGGAGGUCAAUGGAAAGCCUAGUUCAAAGAAAGCUUAUAAGUUUGCUUAUGUGAGACAAGAGGACCUGUUUUUCUCACAGUUGACAGUCCGUGAAACAUUGUCUCUUGCUGCUGAACUCCAGCUCCCAGAGCUAUCUUCUGUGGAAGAUAGAGACGAAUAUGUGAACAAUAUCUUGUAUAAACUAGGUUUGGUCAGCUGUGCGGAUUCCAAUGUUGGUGAUGCAAAAGUCCGUGGAAUCAGUGGUGGUGAAAAGAAACGUUUGUCACUUGCAUGUGAACUGAUUGCAAGCCCAUCUGUGAUAUUUGCAGAUGAACCCACAACUGGACUCGAUGCUUUCCAGGCAGAAAAGGUGAUGGAGACACUCCGACAACUUGCACAGGAUGGACACACUGUAAUUUGUUCCAUACACCAGCCUAGAAGUUCAGUGUAUGGGAAAUUUGACGACAUUGUAUUGCUAACAGAAGGUGCACUUGUUUAUGCUGGGCCAGCACAGGAUGAGCCACUGGCAUACUUCUCAAGAUUUGGGUAUCAUUGCCCCGAUCAUGUGAAUCCUGCUGAAUUUUUGGCUGAUCUCAUAUCCAUAGACUAUAGUUCUGCUGACAGUGUCUACUCUUCUCAGAAAAGGAUAGAUGGUCUUGUUGAAUCAUUCUCACAACAAACAUCAGCAGUUCUUUAUGCGACUCCCCUUACCAGAAGGGAGAGCUUUAAGAGCAGCAGGAAAUUCAGUGAGAAAGCUGUUGUUAAGAAAAAAGGGGUUUGGUGGAGGCAGUUCUGUUUGCUCCUUAGACGUGCAUGGAUGCAGGCUUCCCGUGAUGGACCAACAAAUAAAGUUCGGUCAAGGAUGUCAAUUGCAUCAGCUAUAAUAUUUGGGUCGGUUUUCUGGAGAAUGGGACGAUCUCAGACAUCAAUACAGGACAGAAUGGGAUUGCUUCAGGUUGCUGCAAUAAAUACAGCAAUGGCUGCACUGACAAAAACUGUGGGUGUGUUUCCCAAGGAACGAGCGAUUGUAGAUAGAGAGCGUGCUAAGGGGUCUUAUGCUUUAGGACCUUAUCUACUUUCUAAAUUGUUAGCUGAGAUCCCGGUUGGAGCCGCAUUUCCAUUAAUGUUUGGGGCUGUUUUGUACCCCAUGGCUCGUCUUCAUCCUACUUUGUCCAAAUUUGGGCAGUUCUGUGGAAUUGUGACAGUGGAGUCUUUUGCUGCAUCUGCUAUGGGUCUAACUGUGGGGGCCAUGGUUCCAACCCCUGAAGCAGCAAUGGCUGUGGGGCCCUCUCUUAUGACAGUUUUUAUUGUAUUUGGAGGCUAUUAUGUCAACGCAGAGAAUACACCAAUUAUAUUCCGGUGGAUUCCUCGUAUUUCGCUGAUAAGAUGGGCAUUUCAGGGGCUUUGCAUUAAUGAAUUUAGUGGUCUUGAAUUUGAUCACCAGCAGCCAUUUGAUAUUCAAACUGGAGAACAGGCACUUGAGCGGCUCUCGUUUGGAGGCAGUCGCAUUAGAGAUACAGUGAUGGCUCAAAGUAGAAUACUGCUGUUUUGGUAUUUCACCACUUACCGUCUCCUUGAGAGGAACAAGCCCAAAUACCAGCAGCUUGAGCCACCAUCUCCUGAUCAAGUCCAACCACCCCUACAACUUGAGCCUUCUGAUACUGACCAAGCUAAACCAAACCAGCAACUCGAGCCUCCUCUUGCUCAAGUUGAAUCAACCCAGAAGCUUGAAUCACCUCCCCUUGACCAAAUCCAACCAUUUAUCCUUGAAGGUGCUAAGUAAAGGAGAGGUUUUUGCAAAUAAAGGAGGGGUUGUUGCCUUUUUCCGAGCUAAUGAGCUGUUUGAUGAGACAUGACAGCAAAUUACAUUGAUCAUUACUGUUACAUUAGAACUUCGUCAGCUUAGAACUCUCAUGUAGAAAGCUACUUGCAAUACAUCCAGUGCAACACAGUAGGGGCUGUUCAAUGAUACUAAAGACCUUUGCUUUCUGGAUAUUGCACCCCUGGUUUGUAUCUGCUAGAUAAUCUUUCAAUGGGACGCCCAUGUAGAAAAAUGCUUGUAACACAUCUUUUUCCGUAGAGUCCAGAUUGGAGACCUCAAAUCAUAUUAAGGUGCCUUUCUUUUUGGUCUUCUGGGUCAUGUCUCUUGGUUUUCAUGUAUCAGAAACCCCAUCAAUGGACUGUCCCGAUCCAUUUGGAUCAUAGAA